CGGCAGCAUCCAACACAAGUCGCAGGUUGCGGAACCCCCAGAAGCUCUAGUCAUCAAAAAAACAACAUUGUUUACCUCGGCGAUCUUACAAGAUGUUCAGCACUCAUCGGCUUAUGCUAUCCUGCUUCUACCUGGUCGUCCUGCUAAGCGUAUCCCUGGCCAUUGAGGACGCCCCUACCGACAUCGAGGAGGAUGUUAUCAAGAUUCAGAAUGAAACACAAAAGGUGAUCCGAGUGCAUCCGCACGACUUACCGCCCAAAAAGGACAACACCGGCAACCAAAUGAACUCGGCCCUGUUCCAAAUCCAAACCCUUCGUCCUGGUAGUGCCGGUGUGUCAAGCACUGGAUCGCCACGCCAGUAUGUGGACUCGAAGCAGAUGCGCAAACGUCGCCCCCGGCCAGCCAAGCUCCUGCGCGAAGAUGUGGUCGCCAGUGGUGAAGAUGCGACGCAGCCCGCUAUGAAAUACCCACUAAAAGCCUUUCCCAAGCAGAAACUGAAGCAGCAGAAGGAGCUCAAGUUCGAUCCUAGCGGGGACGGUGUUGCCCAGGGGGAGGAGACCCAAGUAUUGCCCGUCCAGAUGACACCCGGACCAUAUCCCGUGUACUAUGUGGUGUCCAAGACGAACGGUCGCUUCGGCAAGUUCCCCAUCAAGUCGUUCGGCUCGCCGGCGGAGUUCUCCAAGUAUCUGGUGAAGAGCAAGGCGGAGCCCAUCACCCGGAGCCAGCGAUUCGAGGUGAUCUUGUGAUCUUCCACUUAGUCAAAAUCUAAAUUAUUGUCCCCCCUCCCCCCACUCUCCUUAAUCGUUAGUCGUAAUUAUAAUCAUAAAUGCUAAUUGCUAAUUGCUUAAUGCUUAAUGCCUAAUGCCGUAAUAAACCUUAUGUCUAACUUU